AUGAGCCGAAAGCUCGCCCCCGAAGCCAAUCGCUACAACGUAACAGCGGAGCAACUGUUCGACCUGUUUGGCAAAUUUGGCCCUAUUCGUCAAAUUCGUCAGGGUAUCGCCAAUACUUCCAAAGGAACGGCAUUCGUUGUCUACGAGGACGUUCACGACGCCAAACAGGCAUGCGAUAAACUCAAUGGUUUCAACUUCCAGAACAGAUACUUGGUUGUCUUGUAUCAUCAGCCAGAGAAGAUGGUCCGUACGAAAGAGGACAUUACGGAAAGGCAGGAGAAUUUAGAACGGCUCAAACAGCAACACGGGAUAGAAUGA